AUGAAGUUUGGAAUAACAAUCAAUGUAUCAUGUGAACUUGGCUAUGAAGAAGAGAUGAAAGAGAAAGGAGAGAUGGAUGAGAAGACAAAGAAAAGAGUCAUCAAAAACACAAAACGAAGAAGGGAUAUAAACAAAUCAGCAAUAACAUUCAACACAAUGGUUCAAAUGGUAGAAAACAUUGGAUAUAAAAUCACAAAGAGAUCAAUCAAAAGUGCAAAGAAAACAAUCCAAAUGAUCAAAAUCAAAGAAAUUGGAAUUGGAGAAGAAUGGAAAAUGAAAGAAGAAAGAAUCCAAGAAAUUGGAAGUUUAAUCAAUCAAUACAUUAAAGGACUCAUCACAGGAACAGGUAAAACAAUUAUACUAAGAAAUGAUGAUCAAUAUAUUAAUUCAUUAUUCAUCAUCAAUACUGAAGAAGAGAAUAAAUGGAUGAAUAUAUCAGAAAGUACUUCACAUGAAGUGUUUUUAUUGUAA